AGGACUUUGAUGUGAUUAUAGUGUGUGUAUGGUUUGUCACGCAAAUUAAACUGUCGGGGUUUUUUCCCCAGAAGCGGCUUGACGGAGUUAAACGGGUUACGCUGGUAAGGGCAGACCAGGCGAGUUCCAGAGCGUUCACACCGAAGCAGUUUACCCAGGAUUUCUCCAUAAAUGAUUAUUUCAGAGCAGAUACAUCUCUCUGGGUCUGGCCACUCUCAGCAUUGCCCUGAGUGUGAGGAUCUUCUUCACCUUCCUCAUGGUGCUCUGCGCUGGAUUUGAUUUGAAAGAGAAGAUCUUCAUCGCUCUGGCCUGGAUGCCUAAAGCCACUGUUCAGGCUGCGAUUGGCUCGACGGCUCUGGACACGGCGCGUGUGAAGCAGGAUGAGGAGUGUCAGCGUUUUGGUAUGGACGUGCUGAGCGUGGCCGUUCUCUCCAUCCUCAUCACUGCUCCACUCGGAGCGCUGCUCAUCCGCCUGUGUGGACCACGCCUACUGAGGAGACCCAAGAACCCCGAGUGGGCUGUAAGUCAGGGUACUCUGUCACCAUCAGAUGCCCGGGUCACCUACGAGAGUGCAAUCUGAUACUUGUGGAACUUUCCAGAACAGGCAGUCAGAAGAUCAGUACCUCAAACUCUGGCUUUGUGACUCCCCUGUGACUCUUCUACAACUCUACGAUUCUCCUGUAACUCUAUUUUGUCUCCUCUGUCUCUCCUCUGUCUCCUCUAUGACUCUCCUUUGUAUCUCCUCUGUGACUACUUUGUUUUUUUUUCCUCUUUUUUUUUUAAAACAAUUUUGACCAUAGAAUUUUGCAGGUUUGUUAUGUAUACACAUUGCUCUUGAUUAUUUUAAGGCCUUUAUUUUACAUUUAUAUUUCUAAAGAGACGACUGAAAGCGGGAAAUAUAGACAAACAUUAUUUCUAUUUAAGUGUUUGUUGUAAUAAAAAAAAGGGAUUAUCUGUUUUAAAGAUAAUGUAAAAACGGUAGUUUGUCGGCACUUUUAUUCUGCAAUACAGACUUUAACCACAAGGUGGAAGCAGAGCUCAAAGCAAAUCAUGACCGGGUUGUGGAGGAUUGUGUUACAGGCAGAACACAACUCUUUAUUAUUUGUGCUCAGAAUUGUCACUGGUUCCCCUUCACUCACUCUAUGCUAUGAAAUACUCUUUAGAAAUAUAUUUCAAUUAACACAAUUAUCGUACAGUACACUGUUUUAAAAUGAGACUGAAAUCUGAAAGUGACUUCCUCUAUCCUCUCUGAGAGACCACACGGGUAACACAGACCAAACUCACCCAACUAUUCUAAAGACUUUGCUCGAGCGUGAGACUCUUCUGAUUGUUCAUCUACCUGUCAGAAGCCAUAGAAAGGAUUCCUCCACCAUUUUCCCCGUCGUCCUGAACGUCAGCGUCUCUGAAGAGUUUUGUGCACAGUGCAGUUUGCCAGUUCACUCAUGGAGCUGCUGCUGGGCUGUCCGUCCAUCAUGAAGCUGAAUCUGUUUCUCCUGUUUCUCACUGCAUGUCUGGUCCCAGUCACUGUAUCCAUCCUGAGAACCGUCCCUCCCAAUUAUAACCUGAUGAUGACACUGGUGACCUGGCCUGACGCACAGAAUUACUGCAGGGUCAUGUACACUGACCUGGCAACCAUCCUAAGUGAUACUGAUUGGCUACGAUUUGAGAAAAAACCAGCAAGUAAAGGUCUGACAACAUCUGCCUGGGUCGGAUUGUACAAUGAUCUCAAUAGCUGGCGCUGGUCCUUAAACGAUCUCCCACUGACGAGUGUCACUUAUACCAAUUGGGUCCCUGGACAGCCUAAUAAUCGUCUUGGAAAACAAGCAUGUGGUAUAAUAGGUGACAGUAAUGGAUAUAUUGGAUGGAUUGACAGACCAUGUACAGAACUAAACUCCUUCAUAUGCUACAAUGCUAAUUUCAGUGGUGCUGCCAGGUUCAUCGGCAUCAGUAGUUCUUAUUUAACCUGGCCUCAAGCUCAAACUUACUGCCGAACACAUCACACAGACUUGGCCAGCUCUCUUAACAGUUCAGACGACGACAUGUUACUGCAGGUGAGGGAUAAACAGGGUGAUUCCUGGAUUGGGCUUUACACAGGCACUUGGAAGUGGUCAGACGGGACCAACGCUUCAAACAUCCCAUGGGCUCCUGGACAACCUGAUAAUGCUGGGGGUUACGAGUACUGUGCAGUGGUUAAUAACGGACUGUUCUACGAUGAACGAUGCGCCAACCUGCACUAUUUCUUCUGUCACACCAUUUACCCAGCGAGGGGUCAGAUAAUGAGACUGCAGGUGAAGUCUGAUGGGAGUGUGUUUGAUCCUGCUGUGCAGUCGUCCAUUUUAGAUCAGAUCAAACAGAAACUGGAGGAAAAAGGCAUGUUGGAGAACACCACAGUGACCUGGAAGGUGCAGCCAGAUGGAAACAUCUUCCACAAGAAAAAGGAUGAUCUGUAACGUCUAAACGCUCACCUUCAAGUCAAGCAGAUUCCAAACUGACUGAAAUUUUAUUUAACCUACAACAUUUCAGCUUUAAUCAGUAGGCAGUGUCAGAGGACAAGAUUAGCCAGAAGUAGAGGAAUAAACGUAUUUAAUUGCUCUGAUUGGAACACGCCCACUUUGACUUUGCAACCGAAAUUUUAAAGUCAGAUUUCACUGCAACUUUUUAAUAUUGAACAUGUUCAGCUUUUGCUGCAAGAGGCCACUGAACACAGUGAUGAGGAGAAAGUCAGAGAGGGUGUGUUCAAUACUGGGUUUAAUGCAUCAGUGUGUUGUAGUAAAGAAUAAUUCUUAUAUAGAAUAUAGUGAAUGUAACAGAACCUGUAAAUACACUGUGUGUACUCUGAACAGUCAUAUAUAAUGCACUUGCCACUAUUACUGUCAUUUAUUUCUUCCACAUCUACAGUUAUAAAUAUAUACUCAUUUCUUGUAUUUUGUUUCUAUUUUCUGUAUCUAAAGGCAUUAAUAAUAUACAUUAAUAUCAUCA